AUGCCUCACCGGGCGGCCUCGCCGGCCGCGUCCGAAAAUGAGUUUGACAUUUCCAAUGCUCUUUUCAAAGACGACGGAGACGAGGAAAGCUGGGGCCAGACGAAGCCGAAACCAAAGGCAAUACCAGCGGAGAACCUGAAUGUGCUCGACACAGUUGAGAAUGGUGACGACAACGAGGAUGGCGACGACGAUGACGAUGAGGCGUUUAUUGCCGCAACGCAGGCUGCCGCCAAUCGCAAGGCGUCAAAUCUCAAGGGCAGAACGGUCAAGAAAGGCGGCGGUUUCCAGGCCAUGGGUCUGAAUGCCAAUCUCCUCAAGGCCAUCGCCCGUAAAGGAUUCUCUGUCCCGACUCCGAUCCAGCGCAAGACGAUCCCGGUGAUAUUGGACGAUCAGGAUGUCGUUGGCAUGGCGCGUACCGGUUCCGGAAAGACCGCAGCUUUCGUGAUUCCCAUGAUCGAGAAGCUCAAAAGCCACAGCAGCAAGAUGGGCGCGCGAGCGCUGAUCCUGUCGCCGUCGAGAGAACUGGCUCUUCAGACCCUGAAGGUCGUGAAAGAACUCGGGAGGGGGACAGACCUCAAGGCCAUACUGCUGGUUGGUGGAGACAGCUUGGAGGAGCAUAUCAAAUACGUCGUGUUUGAUGAGGCAGACAGGCUGUUCGAGAUGGGUUUCGCAGCUCAGUUGACGGAGAUUUUGCAUGGUCUGCCCCCGACGCGACAGACCCUCCUCUUUUCUGCCACGCUGCCGAAAUCGCUCGUUGAAUUUGCUAAGGCUGGUUUGCAAGAGCCCACUCUUAUCCGUCUGGAUACUGAGAGCAAAAUUUCUCCGGAUCUUCAGAACGCUUUUUUCAGUGUCAAAUCAGCAGAGAAAGAAGGAGCACUGCUCUAUAUUCUCCAUGAAGUCAUCAAAAUGCCCACUGGGCCUACAGAAGCUGCUCAGAGGCUAAAGGAAGAGGAAGCCAAUUCAAAGAAGAACUCAAAGAAGCGGAAGAGGUCAGAGAUGGAGAAGGCAAUCAACACGACAGAAUCGCCGACGAAACACUCGACCAUUGUAUUCGCGGCGACGAAACAUCAUGUUGACUAUCUCACGUCUCUGCUUCGAGAGUCUGGCUUCUCAGUGUCAUACGCCUACGGUUCGCUUGACCAAACGGCCCGCAAGAUCCAGGUGCAGAACUUCAGAUCCGGUAUCACAAAUAUCUUAGUCGUUACUGAUGUCGCUGCACGAGGUAUCGAUAUACCCAUUCUAGCCAACGUUAUCAAUUACGACUUCCCCUCUCAGCCCAAGAUUUUCGUCCACCGUGUUGGUCGAACUGCCCGAGCUGGUCAAAAGGGAUGGAGUUACAGUCUUGUCCGUGAGUCAGACGUUCCUUACCUUCUUGAUCUACAGCUCUUCCUUGGACGGCGACUCGUUCUGGGCCGAGAGUCUGAGCAGGUGAACUUUGCACAAGACGUGGUUGUUGGAAGUUUCCCAAGGGAUACUCUUUCUAGCCAUUGCGAGUGGGUCACAAAGCUCUUAGAUGACCAAGCGGAUCUCCAGUCGCAGCGAAAUGUGGCUAUGAAGGGCGAGAAGCUCUACAUGCGAACAAGAAAUGCCGCCUCACUGGAGAGUGCCAAACGAGCGAAGGAGGUGGUCGCUUCUGAUAAUUGGAUGGCACUACAUCCUCUCUUCAACGAUGAAGCGAGUCAGAUGGAAGCUGAGCGCGAGAAAAUGCUCGCUCGCCUGGGAGGUUAUCGCCCGCCAGAGACGAUAUUCGAGGUUGGUGCCAGACGUACCGGCAAGAAAUCAACCGACGAGGCCAUUGAUAUGAUCAAGAGGGUACGGUCCACACUGGACUCCAAGAAGCAGCGUGCGCGUGAGGCUGCGGAAAAGGAAGCCCGCGCACAAAAGGACAGUGAGGAAGAAAACAAAGAGGCCCUCGCAGAGUUCUCCAGUGACGACGAUAGUGAUAAUGAUAACGCGGCUGAAGGCACAGCGGAUAUGUCCAUGGCAUCUGACUCCGAGCUUGAAGUCACAUUCUCGUCCUACUCGCAGUCUGGAAAGUCCAAGUCGAAGAAAAAUGCAACUUCGACAACUUCCUUCCAGAAUCCAGAGUACUUCAUGUCAUACACCCCGGCUAAUCACAACCUUGCAGAGGACCGAGCUUAUGGAGUCCACUCUGGUUCUGCUUCGAAUUUCGCCCAGGCCUCGCGGGAUGCUACUAUGGACCUGACCGCGGACGAGAAGGCCGGGUUUGCGGAACCGCGCUCCAUUAUGCGCUGGGAUAAGCGACACAAGAAAUACGUCUCGCGACGCAACGAUGAAGACGGAUCCAAGGGCGGCACUGCACUCAUCCGCGGCGAAAGCGGGACCAAGAUCGCAGCCAGCUUCCGCAGCGGACGAUUCGAGGAGUGGAAGAAGAGCAAACGACUAGCCCGUCUGCCGCGGGUUGGUGAAACCGAGAACUCGACCCUGGCCGCCGAGCUGAACGCGGCGCUCUCGGGACGGAAAUACCGACACAACAAGCAGCAAGCGCCCAAGCCACUGGACAAGCUGCGCGGCGACUACGAGAAGAAGAAGAAAAAGCUCGAAAAGGCCAAGGAGCGGCAGGCCGCUAGUCUGGAAGGUGCUGCUGCUCUUGCGAGCCAGAAGGCGAAGAACGAGCUGCGGAGUAAUGAAGAUAUCCGGAAAGCGAGACAGCUGAAGGAGAAGAGGAAGGAGAAGAACGCGAGACCGUCUAAAAAGAAGAAGAUUCGUUGA